AUGGCGAGCGACUGGGAACGAUUCAAGGACGAGAUCGUGUGGCUCUAUCUUGCAGAGGGUCUCACACUCGAUCAAGUUUCGUCGCAAAUGGUUCGGGAACAUGGCUUCGACAAGAAAAAGCACCAAUACGAGUACAUGCUGAAGAAAUGGAAGAUCAGUAAGAAUACGAAGAAGAAGAUGUGGGAAUACGUCAAUCAUAUUGUGCAAAAGAGAUACAAGCAACGGAAAGCGUCCCAAGUACACUUGCAUGGCAUUCAGCUCUCGGACGCCCGCGUCAGAAAGGCAUUACAGAGGUACGGCCGGAUAUCAUUGGCUGAAAAGUAUGGAGCAGCGCCUAGUCCACAAAGCCCAGAGGGGCAGAUAAUACGUAUAAGCAGUCCCCCUGCCCCAGAGAAGCAGGUUGUGUGGCCAGAGAACUUGCCGUGGGUACAGUUUGAUAGAACAGUCCAAUUGGUCCAUCUUGAGAUAGCUGAGCCAUUAGUGGACUCAAUCUUGCGGGCAUUGGCUACAUCCAGACUAGGCACCCGCGUCGUCGACGAUUCCGCCGUCUCUACAGCCUUACGCGAACCCUUAGAUUGGGUAGCAACUCUGAGUCAGACGCUUCCCCAUCUCGAUGAUCAUGCAGGAGAAUUAGUGGCAUCUUCACAUAUCCAAAAGCCAGACAUUAGAGCGACGCGAGCUUUCAAGGCUUUGCUAUUUCAAAUGUCAAACAAGAAGCUUAACGUGAAACAUCCUCUACUAGCCCAGAACAUGAUGAAAUUGAUCCACGGGCUCUGCCGGGAAAUUCCUACAGCCGUGGAUCGCCUUUUAGACUCUACGGAUCCCACCUCAGCCGCCGUCAAAGAGACUUUAUUCGCAACUGUGGUGAGGUUUGGCCAUUCACUGCUGGUUCCCAGGUUUUUGGCAGCUGGCACAAAUCCAAACAACCUUAUCGAUUGUACCCUUCGAUUCAAAACGAAUAUGCAACGUGGUAAAGCCUUUUUCAGGCGAGAGCGAUGGCUCAGCCGAGUGACGCCCUUACAACUCGCGUCUGCAGCAGGUGACAUGGAAACAGCUAGUGUACUACUAGAAUAUCAAGCGAAACCGGACCUUGGAGACCCUACGCCUCUUCAAAUUGUCUGUUCAUUACCGCCAAAACCUGAUAGCGUGAAACUCGCCAGACUCCUCUUACAAUACGGUGCACAACCCGACACUACCCGACAUGACAUCUUGCUACCGCCGCUCAUGGAGGCAGUGGCUUGCGGAAACAAAGAAAUGGUUCGGUUUCUUCUUAGUGUGGGUGCUGCAGACAAAAUCGUUUCUCUUGACAACAGCAAAUAUUCUAUCUCCAUCUACCCUUCACAUCUCCGUGUCGACUUUCUGUACCUCGUUUAUGGUUACCCUAGGACAGAUCAUGAACGCCUAAACCUGUACAAAAACCAUGCUACCAUCACAGCGUUGCAGAUUGCGACGAUCAUUCAUGAUACCAACAUCACGGAGAUGCUGAUUCUAUCUUUCCCUCAUCCGGACGAAGGUUUGGUAUGCCGUUUCUUGAACCUGUAUCCUGGGAUAAGAGAUGAUAAAGUGUGGAUCAACUCAGCCUUUUGUGCUGUAGCAUGGAGCCUGGAUUGCCGAAUCGCACGUAUAUUGCUCGGAUAUGGAGUCAUACCUCAAUGGCACGAGGGUUAUAUUAUCUCUGCUGUCCAAGCAGCUGCAUUGUAUGGAAACGUUGACCUGAUCAGGCUGCUUCAUUCUUGCGGGUACGACAUCAAUGCCUCCGUUAUGCUGCUUCCUCCUCCUACGUCUAAGAGCAAAACGAUACUCUUAGAACACUGGACGCCACUUGAGUGUGCAAUUUACUUGGGACAUAGCCAGUUAGCACAAUUCCUAUUGCGACUCGGUGCCUGGUGGGCUGCAAGUACGUUGAAUCUAGCAAUCUGGUUUGGAAACGAUGAACUGGUUCUUGAUUUGCUCGCAAGAGAUGCCAACAUUACCAGUAUCCUACAUGGGCUAUAUCCACUUCAAAUUGCAGUCAGACAACAGAAGGGACUGGCCUUAAUUCGCAAGCUGGUCGAGGCCGGAGCUAGAUUCCAGGGGGACGAACUUAUCACGGUAGUCCGAAAUAACGACCUCGAUGUUGCUGGCUAUAUUAUGGCUUCUGGAACCGACAUUCUUGCUACGAGUACAAAUGGGGAGACUAUACUGGAUGCCGCAGCCCAGUCGGGAAACCUGUUCAUGAUGCAGAGAUACUUUUCUUAUGGUGGACAAUACACCUCGAAAGCACUUUUCGGGGCCGUCAAAACGGCCACGGCAACAUCUGACCAUAGUGCAGUCAAAUAUCUAUUACAAUUCCGACCUUCGGGGCCCAUGGACGCUUACGAAGUCACCAGCCUUGUCCAAUCCAUACUGACGAAUAACCGCAUUCUUGUUGACCUGUUUCUCGAUCUUCACCCUGGUCUUGCCACAUCAUACUUUUGCUGGCAUACAGAAUGGUCCAAGAGACCUUAUCUUCAGAUCUGGGAUCAGAUUGGGCUCACGGUCUUUGAGCCGAGAAGUAGAUGUGCUAAUUCGGCUUGUCCUAGCAGAAUCUCACCAUUGUGGGCCGCAGCACACAUGCUACAAGAGCCACUGGUGAAGGACCUGAUCAUUCGCAAUCACCCACCACACGCGUUCUUGCUCGAGUCGGCGCUGUACGACCGAACGUUUUCCAGCAAGGAGAUACAGGAGCAGCUGACCACGGCUUAUCCGCUUUCAUCAAUUAGAGACAGGACAUCACGCCGCAUACUUCUGACAACGGCUAUUUUGUCGGAUGCGAGGCCCGAACUUCUCCAGCAACAUGUCAACGGCCUCAGAAACCUUAACUUUGCGGGUGAUGAUGAAUCAAGAACUUGGAAUCCAUUGCAGCUCGCCGCAGAGAAGAGCAACAUUGGAUGCGUCAGAAUCCUCCUCAAGGCCGGGGCCAAUGUUAAUACACCGGCAACAGGCGACUGUGGCCAGACGGCGUUGCAGGCUGCAGUCGGAGAGGGAAAUUUUGAAAUGGUAAUGCUUCUCCUUAAGCAUGGCGCUGAUGUCAAUGUACUGGGAGGAACCGGCGUUAGCUCCACCACAGCUUUGCAGCUCGCAGUUCGGAAAGGAAAUCUCGAGAUGGCAAUGCUUCUCCUUGAGCAUGGCGCUGAUGUCAAUGGGCCACCUUCGGCCUUCUUGGGCAUGACUGCUAUCGAGAUAUCAGCAGUAAGGGGAUUCAUUGACAUAACAGCGCUCCUUCUCCCUCGUGUAGCUCUCCAAGGGCGCAUGAGGCUACACUUCGUAAGAGCUGUUUGCUUUGCGGCGCAAAAAUGUCAACACGCCACAGCAGAGCUCCUGAAGAAGCAUGGAGGUUGGACAGAGAGGGACCCUGAUUCUGGGUUGGAGCUACCAGCUGAAGGCUUAACGAUGCUGGGAGACCCAUUCGAGGAAUUGGGUUCUAUACAGGUCACAGAAGUUGCCGAGAGGUCGCUUGAUCUGUGUGAUCCUGUGUCAAGGUGGCUGGACGACUUUGUCGGAUACUACUUUGAGAGCAUUGAAUAA